UGGGGGCGGCGCGGAGGGCGCGGAGAUUACUCCGGCGCCACGGGGGACGCCCAGGGCCCCGAGGCCCCGGGAGGUCCCCACGCGAGACCGCGAGCGAUGACAACGGGCAGUCACCUGAGGUGGAAUAAAAAGGAGUCGGUCUCCCGUGCGCCGCCGUCCCCCGCGUCCCCGGCGGCCCGGCCCGAGGCUCCCAGCGGCCUCCCUCGCCCGCGGUGGCCUGCGGCGACGUCCCCCCCCUCCCGCCUCCAACUCCGCGCGCAAGUGCGAGGCUGCCCGCCGCGCGGCGCACGCUCGGGACGCUCCCGGCUUCCGCGCAAAACUUCCAUCCAGUCCUCGUGAAGUUGUCGCUCCCGGAGAGAGAGAGAGAGGGGACAGAGCUUCAGGCCGAGCUGGGGAGCGACGGCGGCGGCGGCUGGGCGCGCGCUCUCUCCUUUUCUUCUGCUUCGCCGCCCUGUCGUCAGGGCCGAGUUUUGGCUCCACUCCUUUCCUCCUCCCCCUCGGAGCCGGCUUCUCCCCCCGCCCCGUUUCUCCCCCACUUGUGUACGCUGUUUGUUGGGGGGUGGCCGAAGGGGAUGUCCUGUUUUCACCAGAGGCACAGCGCGAAGGGAAUACUCCGACACUGGAAGGAGCGAGAAUAAGUACUUGAGUACGGACGCUCGCAUCCGCGGCUGGGAUAGACGCUCGAACCUCGGGAUCCCGAGGCGGUCUGGGCGUCGGGAGAUAGUCCAUUUUAAAUUAAAGGAAGCUGCUUCUACUUGGGAGUGGCAAGAGAAGUGAGAAAACCACAUGGAAGACUCCCAGGAUUUAAAUGAACAAUCAGUAAAGAAAACGUGCACAGAAUCAGAUGUUUCAGAACCUCAGAAUUCCAGGUCUAUGGAAAUGCAGGACCUGGCAAGUCCUCAUACUCUUGUUGGAGGCAGUGAUGCUCCUGGUGGCUCCAAACUGGAUAAAUCUAACCUCAGCAGUACAUCAGUGACUACAAAUGGUACAGGAGGGGACAACAUGACUGUUUUAAAUACAGCAGACUGGUUACUGAGUUGCAGCACCCCCUCCUCUGCAACAAUGUCUCUUCUUGCAGUCAAAACAGAGCCCUUGAACAGCAGUGAAACCACAACCACGACUGGAGAUGGAGCGCUUGACACUUUUACUGGGUCAGUAAUAACAAGUAGUGGCUACAGCCCCAGAUCAGCGCAUCAGUAUUCCCCACAGCUAUAUCCUUCCAAGCCCUAUCCACACAUUCUUUCUACACCAGCAGCUCAAACAAUGUCUGCCUAUGCAGGCCAGACUCAGUAUUCGGGGAUGCAGCAGCCAGCCGUCUACACAGCCUACACACAGACAGGACAGCCCUACAGCCUUCCCACUUACGAUUUGGGUGUGAUGUUGCCAGCAAUCAAGACAGAGAGUGGACUUUCCCAAACUCAGUCCCCAUUACAGAGUGGCUGCCUCAGUUACAGCCCAGGGUUUUCCACGCCACAGCCAGGCCAGACACCUUAUUCUUACCAAAUGCCAGGUUCUAGUUUUGCACCAUCAUCUACUAUUUAUGCAAAUAAUUCAGUUUCCAAUUCAACGAAUUUCAGUGGUUCACAACAGGAUUAUCCAUCCUACACAGCCUUUGGCCAAAACCAGUAUGCACAGUAUUACUCAGCAUCAACGUACGGAGCAUAUAUGACUUCUAAUAACACAGCCGAUGGCACGUCAUCAUCAACCUCGACCUAUCAGUUGCAGGAAUCUCUCCCAGGACUGACUAGCCAACCAGGUACAGAUCUUCACCCAGGAGAGUUUGAUACCGUGCAGAGCCCCUCCACACCUAUCAAAGAUCUUGAUGAGAGAACAUGUAGGAGUUCCGGGUCAAAGUCCCGAGGAAGAGGCCGGAAAAACAAUCCCUCCCCACCUCCAGAUAGUGACCUGGAGCGUGUGUUUGUCUGGGAUUUGGAUGAAACUAUCAUUGUUUUUCACUCACUGCUCACAGGGUCUUACGCACAGAAGUAUGGCAAGGAUCCCCCUAUGGCUGUAACCCUUGGACUUCGAAUGGAGGAAAUGAUUUUCAAUCUUGCUGAUACACAUCUGUUUUUUAACGAUUUAGAGGAGUGUGAUCAAGUUCAUAUAGAUGAUGUUUCCUCUGAUGAUAAUGGGCAGGACUUAAGUACCUACAGUUUUGCAACUGAUGGCUUCCAUGCAGCUGCAAGUAGUGCAAACCUUUGUUUGCCAACAGGUGUGAGAGGAGGGGUUGACUGGAUGAGGAAAUUGGCUUUUCGUUACAGAAGAGUAAAGGAAUUAUAUAACACCUACAAGAACAAUGUCGGAGGACUCCUUGGCCCUGCCAAGAGAGAUGCAUGGCUGCAGUUAAGGGCCGAGAUUGAAGGGCUGACAGAUUCCUGGCUAACAAAUGCACUUAAGUCUUUAUCAAUAAUUAGUACUAGGAGCAACUGCGUAAAUGUCUUGGUGACGACAACCCAACUGAUCCCAGCACUUGCGAAGGUUCUCCUCUAUAGUUUAGGAGGUGCUUUCCCCAUUGAGAAUAUUUACAGUGCAACUAAAAUAGGAAAAGAAAGUUGCUUUGAACGAAUAAUGCAAAGGUUUGGCAGAAAAGUAGUAUAUGUUGUAAUUGGGGAUGGUGUAGAAGAAGAACAGGCAGCAAAAAAGCACAACAUGCCCUUUUGGAGGAUAUCAAGUCACUCAGACCUCUUGGCUCUACAUCAAGCACUGGAAUUAGAAUAUUUGUAACUGUGUUCUCUAGCUGGAAGAUCUGGUUAUAUAUAUAUAUAUAUAUAUAUAUAUAUAUAUAUCUCAAGUACACUGAAUUUUUAUGUGUGAUUCAAUGCCUCUGGCUUUACACAUAUAAAUUGUCUUAAAGGAUGAAAUCAUAUUUGGAAUGAAAAUUCCAGAAUGAAGAAUUCAGAUUGCUGAAUGGAAUUAAACUUUAGUGCUACAGAAGGGAAACUCUAUGGUCUUAUAUUUACAACACUUUAAUUGUUUUUUAAAAAAUUCUGUGGAGGUUGCUGGUACACACCGAAUGAGUCCUAACUGGAAUUAACAGCUUUAGCAAAGAAUUCUUACCCUGGCAAAGCAGCAACACACAUACUCCGUCUGACAAGGUGGUCAACAACAUUCCUCAAAAUGGGAGAUCUUCUCAGCUCUGAGGUUUGAAUCUGACUUUAGCCUACCUAGCCCAGAAAAUCUGAAUUGGAAUGCACUCAGACUGUAUAAGGACAGUCCUAUCUAGACCUGUAAUUUGUGUAAAUUAUUGAUGAAAAUAAUUUACUGUGACUUUAUUAGCAGCUGACUUUGAAAGUGGAUGGAUGCAAUUUUUCUUUCAUUUGUUGGGGAGGGGCGAGGGAGGGUACAUGGGAAUAUAAUAUUGUCUCUUUUUUUAAGUUUGGCAAACAGAAUGUUCAUACUGAUGUGUUGUGCCUUAAAGACAAGACAGCAUUUGUGUGUUACAAUGUAACUUUGGUUAAAAUCUCUGUAGAUAAUGAAACACAAAAACCUUUGUGAUAAUUCUUAACAUGACCAAAUUUAAAAUUCAAGCUAUCAAAGCUUAACGUUGCAUCAACAAGAAACUGAGUAUUUGUUGCAAUAAGAAAACAAUAAUAAUAAAGGAAAGCUUGUGUUUUAUUUGGGUUCUUAAUAAUUCCAGUUAUUAUAUGAGGCAACUAUUUAUGCAUCCAACCACAGGCAAAAGGUUUGGGAAAGACUGUGGGACCCUUACUUAGAAAGUGAAAUGUAUGUCUCAAGUACCCUUUCUACAGUUUUACUGAGAAAACUAAGAGCCGUAUUCACAACGACUUGUACAGUUUUCAGUUUGAGAAAUAUCAGUGUGUGUAAGUUGCAUAAGGAAAAUAUCAUGCAAAUCGUAAGCAAUUAUUACUCAAAACAUUUUUAGAAUUUGCUGUGGACAUGGCUUAAAAUAAAGUUAAGUUUAUUCCCAGUGUCAUUGUGAAAAUGAAAUGUCACCAGUAAUGGAAGGCAGAUGCCCCAGAUGUCUUCUAAGCAAAGUGAGUAUAUGAAAAUUUUACAUAGAAUAUCAUCAUAAAUUAAAUUAGUAAAUGAGCUGGAUCCUGACAGCAUUACCAAAAUCACAACAGUAAAAUAGUACCUGGUUCUCUGUCUUAACACAUCAGUCCAGGUUCUAUCCAUUACAGACAUGGAUACAUUAAUUUCUGCCUGUACUGGUACUGCACAGUGGAAUACAUUCAUUGAAAGGAGAGCCUGUCAUCGUUGUGUUUGCAUGGAUUUUUUUUUUUUUCUUGGUGUGUAGCCCAUAUUGGGAACAUGAUACAGGUUCUCCUGUAAUUUUCUAUGACAUGAUUUCCCUUGUGGAAAUUUAAGACUUUAAGAUCUGGAGUAUUUAAAUGGUGUCUACACCUGAAAUUCUAUGUUUAAAAUGUCGUAAUGUGGAUCCUGGAGUUCUGCUACUAGUCAAAGCCCCUAACCAGAGGCUGUUUCAUGAUAAUUCAUCAACUGAGGCUUCUGUAACUUCAAUAAGGUCAGAGCUUUGCUCACAGAUCACAGCAUUCACUAUGGAAAUAUGAUUGCAUUUCUUCAGUCUAGAAACCUGUAUUUCUUUCCUGAAUGCUAAGACCAUGUUUACAUUGGGCAGAAAGAUAUCAAGAUCCCAAUUUUGUGUAAGAUUGUGAUUUCAUCACAUAAACCUUAAACUUAUUCUUAAAACUUAGUAGCUUUAGGUUACUUCUGGCCCAAGUAUUGUUGCAGGCAAAUUACGGUUGGAAUUAUUUUAAUGAUAAUAAUAAGGAUAAUAAUAAUAAUAAUAAUAAUAAAUCUUAUACCCCUGUUGGCCUUUAGCUUGAAAAUAGCAGUAUAAAAAAUUAAAGUUACAUUGAUUAUCAAAACAUAAUUAUUUUGUGCACUAAAACCUUAAAUAUUUAUUACUGUGAAUAAAACAAAAUUAUCUUUACUGUAUAUCCAGUUUGUUUAAAUGAUAGAAUUGUGGCAUUACAUGUAAAUUUUAAACUCUUUUUUAUAUCAAACAAGCAAAGCUUCUUAUGCUGCUAAAUCUGCAGAUGCAAAAGAAAUACCCCUUUAAAGGACGAAGAGGAGCUGGCUGAUUGGAUCACCCAGUGCUAUUUCUCACACACAUCUUUUCUUCAGAAUAUGUGUUCAAAAGAGGCUGCCGGCAUAAAACCUAAAUGCUAGGUUGAUGAAGAACAGCUUGUCUGGCACAACGGUGGUGCAGGUUAACAAGCUAACAUCAUAGCUUGGUCAUGGGGCUUUGAGCAUGCUCAAACUAGAACUCUUCCCUUCUCACCUUAGGAGCAGAAAAUCCUUAAACAAACAAACAAUCAAAAAACCAGCCUCCUUGGCAAUUCCCACAUUCUAUUUACAUACAGAAUAUUGUGCCUUGUAAAGCGUUGGGAAAAUGUUCUGUAAUUAAAAUGGGUUUUUGGCUACUACAUAUGCAAACUUGGUGUUAUUGUAUGUUUUACUAGGGAAGAUAACCACCUUGUGCUGCACCUUGAAAAUAUCAAGACCAUGUCAUUUCAAUAACAAAAUAGGUGGCCUGGCUACAGUAUCAUAGCAUACGGUUAAUACACUGUACCUCUGCAAAAAUUUGUAAAUCAAAUUCAGAGGCAAAAAAAUAUUUUAGAAUUAUGCAGUUUGAGCACAAAAAGUAGGUAAUAAACAUCUCUUAAAAUGAUUUUUCCUUAGUCUUUGGUAAGCUAAGAUUCAAAGUAGUGUCAACAGCAUGCUUCAGUAUGAAGUUGUUUUUUUAAAGCACAUUCAUUGAUGACAAGCCUAAAAUCUCAGUGAAUAUGGCAUUUAGUAUUUCUUUUAAGAACAAACAUAAGCAUUAUGAGCCAAAGUUGCAUUUUGACUCCCAACUAUGGUAGCAUUAUGGAAAUCUCACAGUCAAAAGUCAAGGGUUUCUGUUAUGUAUUAGUAAAGUAUAGAUUAUUGGGGCCUACAUAAUUUAAAGAAAUGUAAAUUAAUAUUAAAAGCUUGUAAAAAUAUGUACAUCUUUACUAUUUCUCAAUAAAUACCUUUGCAAAUGUUUUCAUUUUCUUCACCCUCCCAUGUUGUAGAGUUUUUGUGUGUGUAUUUAGCUUGAUUGUAAAUCAUGUGAAAUUUGUAUUUCGGUUUCUUGAUAUAUUCUCAUCUUCCCUU